AUGGCACAGCUCUUUGGCCCCAUGAGGGAGGGGACCACGGCAGCCGCCAUACAAAUACAAGACAUGGAACCGGACAUCUUCAAGGCACUGCUUGGUUUCGUCUACACCGACUUGAUGCCAGAGAUGGAGGCGGAAAGAGAAGCAGAAGUAGAAGAAGGUGGAGCUGACGAGGUGACGUGGCUGCGUCACUUGCUUGCCGCGGCGGAUAGGUUUGAUCUCCAGAGGCUCAAGUCGAUGUGUGAAGAGAGGUUGUUGGAGCACAUAGAUUUGAGCUCGGUGUCGGCCAUCCUUGCCGUGGCAGCGCAGCUCCAAUGCUGUGGACUCAGGGAGGCGUGCCUGGAGUUCCUCAAAGUUCAGUCAGCUGCAGACUUGGGAGAAGUCAUGGCGACCAGCGAUUGGGAGCACAUAGGUGCAACCGAUCACUCCGUUCUGAACCAGCUCAUCGCCAAGCUUGCUUCCAAAGUUUAG